UGGAUCAUACGCGGAGCCACGAAAAUGUUUGCUAGUUUUUCUGUGUCUCUGCGACUCCAACGUUGUUUGGCUCAAUAUAUAUCCCUUUGCAGCUCUCGCUAGGUUGCUGUAAUUCACAAAACCCAGGACGGGCUUCCAUCAUUGCUCACCAAUCAAUCCCGUAUUAAUUAAUCCUUAUCCAUCAUAAUUUAUAAAUAGUGCCCAAAAAGCCUCAUCUCAUUCUCAACCUACACAAAUACAAUACACGCAUAGUUUUUCUUCAAAUCUCCCCACAUACAACAAUGUCCACCGAUCUCUCUGUCAUUCUCCCUCGUGUUCUCAUUGUCUCUAGACGAAGCGUUCGCAAAAACAAGUUCGUUGAUUUCGUUGGUGAAUAUCACCUAGAUCUUAUAGUAGGGUAUGGCGCGGUGCCCGUGAUUGUUCCUCGUGUUUCCGGGGUGCACAUGUUGUUGGAUAGCUUUGAGCCAAUCCACGGCGUGCUUCUGUGUGAAGGUGAAGACAUUGAUCCUUCUUGGUACGAACAAGAUAUCGCGGGUCUUUCACAAGAGGAAUUGGAAGAGAUUAAAAGGCUUCAUGCAAGUGACACGGCCAUUGACAAAGAGAAAGACUCAAUUGAGUUGAGUCUCGCCAAGCUAUGUCUCGAGAGGAACAUUCCCUACUUGGGAAUUUGCAGGGGCUCACAGAUUCUUAAUGUUGCAUGUGGGGGUACCCUUUACCAGGACAUAGGGAAAGAGCUUUCAAUUAAGUGUCUCGAUAGCCAAAGGGUUAUGCACAUAAACUAUGACGAUUAUGAUGGGCAUAGGCACGAUGUGGAAGUGGUUGAAAACACCCCUUUGCAUCAUUGGUUUAAGGAUUCUUUGGAAGAAGGAAAAAUGAAUAUUUGUGUUAAUAGCUAUCACCAUCAAGGGGUCAAGAGAUUGGCACAACGUUUUGUGCCAAUGGUCUUUGCACCUGAUGGCUUGAUUGAAGGGUUUUAUGACCCAGAUGCUUAUAAUCCAGAGGAGGGUAAGUUCAUUAUGGGAUUGCAGUUUCACCCUGAGCGUAUGAGGAAGCCUGAUUCGGAUGAGUUUGAUUACCCAGGAUGCCCCUUUGCUUAUAAGGAAUUUGUAAAAGCAGUUGUUGCUCAUCAGAAGAAGCUGAACAGCUUAACAUCCGUACAAAAGCCUAUUAAGCUUAAUAAGGAAAUGGAAAUCAAAAGGAAGAUUAUUGUGCGUAGUUUCUCACUUGCCAAAAACCUAUACAUUGCUGGCCGUGGAACUAAUUCCCCCAAAGAGACUGAACUCGAAGCUGGAGCAGAAUUUCUUGAGUCCAACACAGCCUUGAGUGUGCAACAAGAGAAUAGGUUAAAGCAAAUGGGUGCAACGGUUAGGAAUGCAGGCUCCUACAUAGAGAGACUGAAGCUAAACGAGGAAAGAGAAAAAAUGGCAAGAAAUGUGAUGGCGAAAAUGACCGUGGAACAGUUGUCUGAUCUCUUGUCUUUCUAUCACACUAUGGGACAAAUUUGUUCAGAAGUAUUGGAUAUUAAGAUACAUGGCCUUGUCAAUGACUUAGGUUCAUGAUUUUGUUCCUUAAUUUCUUGGCCUUUGGUUGACUAUGCAACGUUUGUUUGUUGGUAGUUAGAUGCAUGUGCUCCUUUGUGGGACUCAGUGAUUGUUAGGGGAAAGGGCUCUCUGUUUGUUCCUUUUGUUUGAGUCUGUUACUAAAUUCCUUACGACUUGGGUAUAUCAAUCACCUGUGUAAAGAACAGAUAACCACUGGCUUUUGGAAAAAGUUUCAAAAGGCAAAUGUUAAUCCGUGCAGUGAUUAAGGAAAUAAAAUUGAUUUUUUUAUAAUGCUA